AUGGACGCGCCGCCAGGCGACGAGUAUUCCCUCAUGGCGCUCCUCCGCAACAUGGACAAUAAGCUCUCGAAUGUGUGCACCAGGGAGGACAUGCAGCUGCUGCAGACCCGUCUCGAUGCCCAUGACGAACACUUCGCCUCGCUCGAGACUCGCAUCGCGCAGAUCGAGGACGGCACCUCAGUGAAGAUCACCGCCGCAGUGGAAGCAGCCAUCCUUACCAAGCUCGAGGUCUCCGCCAAGAACACGCAGAUGAGCUAUUCCAUCCGCUUCUCCUCUCUCGAGAUCGCCAGCAACGCUGCCCAGCAGUUGAAAGCCAACGGAGUUGACUGGAUCGACCCCCGCACCAAAGUCGCCAUCAACAUGCGCUGCCGCCUCGACGCCAGCGCGGAGGUUCGUUCUCGCCACAAGGCCCUCGGCCGUCUGUGGCAGGCUCUGCUCAACCACAUGAAG